CUUCCUCGAAUGCAACACCGAACCUCCGUGAACUCGCCUCGAAGUCAACAUUUCUCAUCAGCCAGCACAAUCCCCACGGGAUUUACGAGUCUUGCUGGUUGCGGUUUAUUGAUUCAUACCAAAUUCCAUCAAAUACAAACGCCGCCGCAACUCGAAGCACGCCGAUUACUACCCUAAGGGUGCAAAACACCCUUCCCUCCCACCACGACCACCACGACGCCAGUUCACGCUCGUCAAGAUGGAGCCGCGAGCUCGUGCCGGCAAGAAUGUCGGCAAGAUGAACUUUGGCCAUAAUGAGCUGGCCCAGCUUCUCUACGGACACGGCGACGUGCGGGCGCCGCUCAACGAGACGGUGCGGGUGCUGGACGAGAUCCUGACCGAGUUCAUCCAGGGCGUCAGCUUCGAGGCGGCGCGCGCCGCGCAGCACGCGGGGAGGCAGAAGGUCAAGUUCGAGGACUUUGAGUUCGCCAUGCGCCGCAACCCGGACUACAUGGGCAAGAUCCAGGAGAUGUUUGAGAAGAAGAAGGAGAUCGAAGCCGCGCGCAAGGGGUUCAAUAUUGAGGAGCAGCUGGUCAGAGACGCGGAUAAGGAAGAAAAGGCCGCGGAGAAGGACAGGGAGAAGGGCGGGUCCAAGAGGGGGCGCAAGGCGACGUCGCAGAUGCAAAUCGGCGAGGAGGACUUGGAGGAUGGGGAUGAUGAUUUAGACUUGGUCGGAGAUGGAUCCUGAUAGGGCGAGGGGCGAGGUCGCGGUGAACCGGUCUGUUUCGGCUGGAGUGUGGAUUUUUUUUUAUGCAUAGCGUUGGCGUUAGGGCUGGGUUGACGGGCUGGGCUAUCACGAGAAGCAUAUAAAACGGCGUUCGGGGGUAUGUAGGUCAUCAAAAAAUUGUCAGAAGGUGCUCUUCUCCACCAUUACCGCGGUGAGAUCAACGACUGAUCCGGAAAUUAAGCUGGGUUUUCGACAAAUUCAACGAUAUAAAACUUUAAU